AGGGCACUGAUGGACCAGGCUGAGAAAAUGGUCACUAGCGCGAUGACCCAAGAAGAGGACAGGACGUCUCUACUGCCCUCCUGUUUGAAACGUCAGCCGAGAGUGGUCCUCCGGCGAGUGGACGAGACAAAGGUCACGAAGCAGAGAGAUGGUGGGAUCGCAGACAUCACACAGAAAAGGGACAUCUCGAUGUUGACCUCCUGCACGAGACGCCAGCUGAGGGUGGUCAUCCGGCGGCUAGACAUGUCGUCUCCUGCCAUUCAGGCACUCUUAAAACGACCUCUAGUAGCCGUGCCUGAAUGCCAAACGCAGAGUCCUUCCACAAAAACAAAAGGACAUGUGACUGUGAACAAGAGCAAGAGAAAGAUGAAGAGAGUGGGCCGCCGGUCAUCUCCCGAAAAGACAUUGCUGGGCUCAGAAAAUAAAGAGAACAUUGAAGGACUCCAAAUCAUUUCCCAAAGGACAAAUAGCCCAGUUAGGGCACUGGCAGCUGCUGAAUCUGGAGAGGAAAUGGUCGCCGAUUCAGAGGAUGAAUCCCCAAACAGUUUCAGGCUGUUCCUGAAACGUUACUACAGGACAAAGCACAACACCUUUGUACCAACGCUAGAGGAGUUUGUGAUGCCGCGUCGACGUGAUCUGUCUCCUGGCACAGGACAAAGGCAGUGACCCAUACUGAAAGGGUAACAAUUUCCUCUGCAGAUGGACUCCGAUGAUUAAGCUCUCUCACUUAUCAGCAUUAAUCUGGAGAGCUGAAUCUCAGGGCUCUCAUGGCUAAGAACUGAUGGCUGGCUGUUUUUUAUAUAUGCAUUAUGCUAUUAUGCUUUUUACGGAGCCCUUGAAGGACCAUGGUGGGAAUUAUAUAUUAGAGGUUAAAGUUUAUUUUUAGAGCUCCUUUUG